UGGUGGUGAAAAUGAUUACGCCAGUUCAAAUGAAUCGUAUGAAAAGAAAAAACAAAAUCAUGACAAUUUAAAUGGUAAAGUUAUUAUAAAUGUUAAUGAAAAAGAAUUGGAGAAGAUGGAUGAACUUUGGAUUGAGAAAAAAAGUAUGAUUGAAUGUAAUGAGCUUGCUAUUUUUGAAAAGGUUUGGGAGAACUACUUUUGCCCAUUUGAAUGGCGUGCGCAGGAUUAUGAUUAUCAAGCAAAAGAUAAUUUUUUUCUACCAAUGAUCGAUUCCCUUAAAUGUGACUCCAAACGCUCAUCUUCAGAACUUUUUCUCACCAAAGUUGCGCCAUGA